AUGAUUAUGCCCGGUGUUGCUUGUCCGGGGAACGAGUUGGAUGUGAAUCUUCGUCUUUUUGACAAUCAUCUGCAUCCCGAAGCUUCGAUUAACCGUAGGAAACGAACCAAGCAGUCAAUCGACGGUACACGUUUUUCAUUAUUAUUGAUUUCUAUUCUCUUUCUUUCUUCUCCUUCACUGUGGAUUUUAUUUUUUUUUUUUAUUCUCUUUCACUGUAAUUUUCUCUUCUCUUUCAUUGUAGUCUUUUAUUCUCUUUCAAUAUAUUCCUUCAUUCUUUUUCAUUGUGUUUUUAUUCUGAGUCACUGUUCCCUUUUAUUUUCUUUCAUUGUAUCUUUUAUUCUCAUUCACUGUACUCAUCUCUUUCACGGUAGAAUUUUAUUCUCAUUCGCUGUUCUCUCUUAUUCUCUUUCACUGUAUUCUUCUAUUCUCUUUCACUCCUUAUUCUCUUUCAUUUUGUUUUUUUCAUUGUUUUUAUUCUCAUUCUCUGUUCUCUUUUAUUCUCGUUCACUGUACUCUUUUAUUCUCAUUCACUGUACUCUUUUAUUCUCAUUCUCUUUUUUAUUCUCAUUCUCUGUACUCUUUUAUACUCAUUCACUGCAGACUUUUAUUCUCAUUCACUGCAGUCUUCUCUCUCACUGUACCGAUUUAUUCAUAUUCACUGUACUCUUUUGUUCUCUUUCACUGGAUUAUUUUCUCUUACUCGAUGUCUUCACUGUAAGUUUUCCUUUUUUUCUUUCUAUCCGCCAUGAUAUUCUGCUCUACUUUAUCCUCUUCUUUUCCUUUCAUCUUUUCGUCGUCAUUUUUCCUCUAUUUUCGUUUGUUGUUUUUCUGUUUUCUACUUCUUUAUUUCUUUAUUUUCUAACCUUUUUCUUUGUCGACUUUCUGUUCCUAAUCAUCGCCAUUCAUACCUGUAACUUUUCUCCAUUUCUUUCUUUUCCUUUAUUUCUUUCUUUUCUUCUAUUUGUUGCCAACACGCUUCCCCGAUCCUUCCAAUUUUUCCCUCACGCUUUCCCGAUCCUGCCACAGUAUAACUCAUGUUUUCCCGAUCCUUCGAAUGUGAUCCACACACUUCUCAAUCCUUCUAGUGUGGUCGUCACGCUUCCGCAAUCCUUCCAUUGUGGCCGACAAGCUUCCUCGAUCCUUCCAGUGUUGCAAACAUGCUUCGCCGAUCCUUCCAUUGUGGCUGACAAGCUUCCUCGAUCCUUCCACUGUCGCCAACAUGCUUCGUCGAUCCUUUCAGUGUUGCAAACAUGCUUUGCCGAUCCUUCCAUUGUGGCUGACAAGCUUCCUCGAUCCUUCCAGUGUCGCCAACAUGCUUCGCCGAUCCUUCAAUAG